AUGGUUGCAGUAUCUCCACUCCUCACUCGUGUCAUCGCGGGCAUUCCCGUCCCGAACACCCCCCUCAUCAACUCCUCAAUCGCACUUGCAAGAGCAACUCUUCCGGAUCAAGGCUACAACCAUGUCAUGCGCUCGUGGCUCAACGGACAAGCCAUUAUAAACAAGCUUCCAUUAGCAAACCGCUCUCGCAUCGACGAGGAAGCUUUUGGCGUCGCGACUAUCUUGCACGACCUAGGCUGGAGCGACGACCCAGCCUACAUUUCCCCUGACAAACGCUUCGAAGUCGAUGGCGCCAUCGCCGCCCGCUCCUUCCUUCAAGCCCACGGCGGAUCCCACUGGCAAUCCCCCCAACGUCUGCAACUUGUUUUCGACUCCAUAGCCCUCCAUGGCACCGCUAGCAUUGCGCGCUACAAGCAGCCCGAAGUCGCCAUCGUCUCGGGUGGCGUCUUGACCGAGCUGCUGGGGCCCUCUAUCAGCAAAGAUUUCUUUGGCGACCUCAUCACUGUAGAGCAGGAGCAGUGGGAUGCGAUUGUGAGAGAGUUCCCGAAUAAGGGGCUGAAAGGGUACUUUAACGACGUCAUGGUGCAUCUGUGUGAGACAAAGCCGAAUACGACGUGGGACAAUUUUGUUAGUGAUUUUGGGGAAGUGCUUGUGCCGGGGUUUAAUAGGACGGGGCACAGGGUCGUGGAUUUGACGCAGGCGGUGUUGGCUGAGUGA